AUGGAGCAAGUAAAAGUUUCAAGGAAAGAUUUGCAAGUGCAAAAAGAGGAACCGGAAGUAGAAGAGACUUCGGUGGAUGCUGAAAAAUUAUUAUCGCAAAGACUUUCAAGUGCUUUUGAUUUUGCGUUUGAGCCUCCAGCUAUAGAAAAGAGUCCGCCUGCUGUUCUUGAAGUUGCAGAGAGCAACCAUUGCUCUGAAGAAAAAUCUGAAAGCGAGGACGAGAAUGUUGCUUUUAAUCUGUUCUCAGAUAUUAAUACCAUUUCUUUAAAUGACCAGGAAGUCAUUGUCAACCAAGGUAGACCAAUUGAAUUUUAUGUUUUGCAAGACUCGCCUGAGAGACAAGCUCAUCUACGUGCCAGUGUUUUUACGUUUGAACAACUCAUGGAGGCUAAAGAUGAACCAUGGCCUGCAUGUCAAAAGCCUCAAAAGGUUAUGAACAUUAAAAUCGAUGAUGGUAAAAAGAAACAUCGGUGGAGACCGAGUAAGAAAAGGAGAACACGGAUGAAAAUUUUAAAAGAAAAGCAAGAAAAGGAAAAAUUAAGAAGAAAGACUUAUCAGAACAAAGGGUUUCCGGCGAAGAAAUCUAAUUCUCGGUCAAAUCCGAAACGCAAAUUCUAA